UCCAUGCCUUUGAGGACCCGCAUAACUUGGGACCAUGUUCUCAUCUGAAGAUCUUCUGCAACACAUGUCACAAACCUAGUAUACUACUCUCUGCCUACUGUUUGUCCAUUUGGGUCAAACUCAAAGCUAGUUAAUCAUCACACAAUCCCACUCUUCCAUCCAACAAGCUAUACAAAAACUAUACACCAGUUUGCAGAGGAUUUAACCUCCCCUUGUCCAAUUUGGCAAGAAAAUCCUGUAUUAGUUGGUUGAUCUUCAGCUAUAAAAUUUUUGCUUUUUCUUCUUUUCAGUUGUUUUACUUCUCCUAUAAAUACAGAGAUAACUGGAUAGUGAUCAGUGCAGUACAGAGACAGAUAAAACAUGGGCAUCAAAAAAAGUAUUGUCAGUUGUUUGUAUGUAGUGUUGGUUUUUGUGGGAUUUCAAGAUUUUGUAGAGGGAAGGCUGUUAUUGUUAAAGAAACCAGACCGUGAUAAUGCCGCUGCAACAGCUCGCUGGCUUGUUUCCCAGAAUUCUUGGGGUGUCUUGAAUACCAUAUCAAUGGAUUUGGGAGGUGCACCCUUCGGGAAUGUUGUUUCAUUUAGCGAUGGGCUACCUAAUGAAGGUAGUGGCAUCCCAUACUUUUAUUUGACUACUCUUGAUCCAACUGCGAGGAAUGCAUUGAAAGAUCAGAGGUCUUCACUCACAAUCAGCGAAUAUCCUAUAGGAACAUGUGGCAAGACAGACCCUGAGAACCCCACUUGUGCAAAAAUUACACUGACUGGGAAGUUGAAGUUACUUGAGGAAAACACCAAGGAAGCAGAAUUUGCUCGAACUGCCCUGUUUACCAGGCAUCAGGAGAUGCCAGGCUGGCCUAAGGAUCACAACUUCCAGUUCUUCAAAUUAGAUAUUGAAGAUAUAUUUUUGAUCAAUUGGUUUGGUGGCCCUAAACCUCUGACAUUGGAUGAGUACUUCCAUCAAAAAAUGAGCCUCGCUUCCAUUCUUCAAAAGCUUGCAUGAUCUCUCUUCCUAUUGCAAACUGGAAAAAAUGUGUAUAAAAUGAAUAUCCACUGUAAAUAAGAUGAGACAGUGCUUCUUGCUUGUAUCAUUUACAUUCUGUAAUCAUAUCCUGAAAAAUAAGCAGAAAUAAAUUGAUUGGUUAUUAA